AUGGCUUCUCCGGACCGCACCCCUCGAGACCUCUCCCCAGACUCCCAUGCCGCCGGUUCCCGUCCCGCCAAAAAGCCACGGACCACCGUUGCCGAUCUCCAACGCCGUCAGCUCGACAAACUCCUUGCCAACCCAGAAAAGGAAGUCGUGCUUCCAACAGGUAUCGUCAAGAAGGAGCUGCGGGCUCCUCUUGAUAUGAUGAAGAACGUCCAAGGUUCAUCGGCUGGUGCUGGUUCCGGCGAGUUUCACGUGUACAAGCAAAGUAGACGGAGAGAGUAUGAGCGGUUACGAAUGAUGGAGGAAGAGUCUAAAGCUGAAGAAGAACAGGCUGCAUUUGCAAAACGUCAAGCAGACCGCGAUGCUGAAGCAGAAUCAAAGACAGCCAAGAACAGAGCGAAGCGGCAAAGGAGGAAACAGGGCAGAAAUGGAAGCAAGCCUGCUGCUAUAGAGAACACACCAACAGGAGGUGGUGGCUUGAAACGGAAGAUCGAAGCCUCGGGACCAAAGAUCGCGUUCAGACGGCCGGGAGAGGACGAGGAUGGGGAGGACGAGGAUGGAGAGGAAGAGGAAGAAGUAGGACCCGCGCCGCCUCAUGUAGAGGAGAAAGUCGAAGAGCCGGAGCCGCAGAGAGCUGUCGAAGAAACAAAGAUCACUAUCGUUGACGAGGAUUAG